GUUGUAAAAUGACCUCACAAGAAACGCAGACUGAGGGUGGACGUAGGAGGGUCACCCUUCCACCUUCGACACCAGAUAAAGAUACACCAUCCAAAAAAGGCAGCGAUGAGCCCAACAGAAUUUCGCACACAGAGUUCCAAAAAAGAGUAACAUCGGACAGAAGCGAUGAGGCGGUCUUCAGCUGCCAAUUCGAAGUGUUCGGGAUUGUGCAAGGCGUUUCAUUUCGAAUGUACACCUUGCGAAGAGCUCAAAAGCUGGGAGUCCGGGGUUGGUGCAAAAACACCAACGAGAAUACGGUGAAGGGCGAAAUUCAAGCACACCGACAUUCCUUUGAGUCCAUGCGCCUCUGGCUAAAGCACACCGGCAGCCCCACCAGUCGAAUUGACAAAUGCAUUUUCAGUGAGACUACAGAACUUGCAGAAUUCACGUUCACCAACUUCACCAUAGUGGUGGAUUAGUUAGUUGUUCUUUAAAGCUAAAAUUAAUUUAGAAACGGAAUUCAAUUUUCUUACACACGCUUAUACAUUAUUUGGAUAUGAGUUAAAAUUUUUCUUUUGUUAUAAAAUUAAAUCUAACUAAAAUGCAAAGCGCAGUAAUGACGUUUUUAAUAAUUACCUUUAACCAAAUAAAUUAGUCUGAUAUUGUUCUUAUUAGGUAAAUUUAUUUUUAAAUUCGAUUGUUCUGUUAAACAAAUAUCGACUAGUAAGACCGCGCUUUGGAAAAGGCAGAAUCUCAUUGGAUUGGGUGUGAUAAGUGGGCCGGUGAAUGGGUCGUAGCUUCUUGUUUAAUUUCAAUUCAAUCCUCGAAGCAACAGGUUGUGCAGCAGCUUUUCCAUUUAAUCUGUUACUCAAGUCUGUUUAAGUGUACAAGUAAU